UCCUCGUGCUCGUGCAGUGGGGUAUCAAAGCGCAACAGUCGCUUGGGUUAGGCUGACCACAUGUUUUAGGGCAACUGCAAAGUUUCUAUUGUCGCGAACGCAACGUGCGGUCAACCUUCGCAAAUAGAACCUUAAAGAAAAAAGUGAGAUCGUGGGACAUAGCCCAUACGAUUUUGUUUUAAUUUACUGAAGACGCUGUGGCAAAUCGAACUUCGUUGCUUCUACAAACCUCAAGUAAAUUGUUCAAAUGUCUAUCCAUUUGGACGGCGUUGAGAUUCCGGCCUUAGGUCGCCAGUUUAAACUAGGGACACUUUACAAUUUUGUCGAUGACAUCAUCAUACCAAGUAUUCACUUAUGGGACCCAGAUGAUGUGUCCGAAUUAAAAAUGGUUGAAGAGAAAGAAAGUGCUGACGUUUACAUAAAGACGGCCGACCAAAUCGAUGAGGAAGACGAGACUCUUGAAGAAAGAGAAGGCCAGGCACCGUUCCUCUCCAAUUUAGGAAUGGACGAUCACACGGCCAUGAGUUUAAUGGCCGGACUGUUGCGUCCAUCUCUAAAGGGAGCUUGGAAAUAUGCGGCUGAUUGGGUCGACUCGAAGGACGAAUUAUUUAGCCAUGGAACUCACGUGGCAGUCCAUUGCUGCCGUUUCGAAAAGGAUAUUUCAAUCAAUCCUGAUCAAUUGUCCAUCGUCUGCAAGCCAAAAGAGCUAAUGAAAAUUCAGGCAACUCACGUCGUCAUGGCGAUCACCUAUGGCCUAGAGGCGUUUUGCAUCUUCUCCCAGGACAGCCUAGCCAAAACUUACGCACGUAUCUUUAAAGACCGGCUGGAGAACGAAGACGACAAUUGGAAACCUGAUCGUGACGAAGAAGGGGACGAAGAGGAUGGUGGACAUUGCUCUAUCCCAAAAGACUUGAAAUGCCUUCUCUACAGCGAUCUAGUGGAUAUUCAAGAUGGCAAAAAUUGGACAUUGAAGCCUGUCGCAGAGCAGUACGAAUCCUGCAGGAAGAUACUGAAAGGCGGAAAAGAAAAGACCAUCCCGCUGAGAGUGUGGUUGUAUCCACUCAACAAGCUGAAGGAUCUCAUACUUGCUAAAAUGCCCCUAAAUAUUAAAGAUGUCUCGCGGGAAUUGCUCUUCCAUUGCCAAGUUAUGUUGAGCCGUUUUCAUGGAAUCUGUCUGGAAGCGGAACUGUUAGCUGAAGAAUUGAAAGGACAAGAAAGUCACCAAUGCAUUCCAUCGACAGUCAGCAAAAGAAUCAAGCACUUUAAAGAGUUGAUAAUGCAAUUUCUGCCAACUUUCAUCAAAGCCCUGUCUGUAUGGACUGCUCAAAUUCGUCGUGGAACGGGUCGAGAAGACAAAAUGGCCAAAAUGAUCAAUGCAUUGAAGACCCAGUCGCCAUUCGUUGCUGAAAAGCUGAAACACUGGCUCAAUCUACAGAGACAUGAAUUGAAAACUUUAAAGAAUCUGGAUAAAUUGCCUGGUGUGCUUUUGGUGUCGAUCAUGGAACGCCUUGAAAAAGAAAUGAGAAACGGAGGCAAUGGGUCGUACGCCGUCGUUCUUCAUCUGCCCAGUCCGAGAGGAGAAUUAAACUCUCUAGUUAACGAGAUGAAUCGUUAUAUCGACGAUUUUAAUGCAUCUGCAUCAUCGAACUGGAUGAUUGUAACAAGGGCUAGUAGCAACCAGCAAACAACAGCGAAGACGACGUCCCCCAUAUUUCGUCAAAUGUUCACGUCCGGCCAAGAAUUUUCCAACUGGAUUACGAAUCACAAUUCAGAUACCAAGAACGUCCGCUACAUCAUCUUUUACGACGAAUGCACUGAACGAACAUUGCCCUUCACAAGAUUAUACGAGUGUGGCAGGGCAGAGACUCCUCCGUUGGAUUUCACCAUCCCAAAGGCUCCUGGACAAGUGAUGGUUACAAAGAAUCGUCGUGGUGUGAUCGGAUUGAGUUGGACGGCUGAUGAUACGACCGGACUACGCCACUAUCUGGUCCAGUAUCGCGCAGUGGAUGGGCAAGAAGACUAUUGGCUUUCCGUCCAGAAGUCUGCAAACACAAUCGAAAUUGAAUACCUUCAAUCAGGUGAACCUUACGUGUUCAGGGUGGCAACAGAGACACUUGGAGGGAGGAGCCCUUUCAGCCCUGUCAGCUGCGAAGUAAUAAUAGAUCCAGUUUGUCCACCGCCAAUUGGAUUGCAAGCUCACGAGGUGACCGAUACGAGCAUAUCUAUUUCAUGGAGACAUAAAACUUAUUUGAAAACCAGUGCUGAAGAAGAACUGAGUAUUACAUCGUACUCUGUUGAAUGCUGGAUGGGCGAUAGCGGUCACGAAUCGACAUUCAUUCAACGAACUACGAUGAACAAGAACAUCGUAUUAGAGCCGCUAGAUCCAGGUGCGACUUACUACGUUCAAGUUAGGGUUGAAUGCAAAAACGCCAGUGGCUCUACUUUCUAUAGCCCGGCGUCAGAGAUUUUGCAAACUUGUACAUUGCAAGAGGCAGAGCGAGCAGCGAUCAUCGUCCGUCGUACCAGCAAAAAAUGUUCCGCUUCGCCUGGAAUUGACGUUUACGAAUUGCCGUUGAAAAAACGUGGCAAUGCCAAAAUUCAGGGAGUUGGCCAUUACUUUUUUGGUGAGCCGAGUUAUUUGGCAUUGUUUGGCAAACGUCGACAAAGAACCAUCUUGGUACUGGGUGCCACCGGUUCAGGUAAGAGUACACUCAUUAACGCCAUGGCGAAUUACGUACUGGGCAUUGAAUGGGAAGAUGAUUUCCGUUUCAAGUUGAUCAACGAACCAACAGACAAAUCGCAGGCUUACAGUCAGACGGACUUGGUGACCACCUACGAUUUUUACGAGAUGAAAGGCUCCCGUUUGGAUUAUUCGCUGACCAUCGUCGAUACUCCGGGAUUUGGCGAUACGCACGGAGUCGAAAAAGACAAGAAAAUUAUGCAACAACUCAAAGAUUAUUUCCAGUGUCCUCACGGGAUCCAGCAAUUAGAGGCCGUUUGUUUCGUCGUCCAGUCGUCGCUCGCCAGAUUGACGGAAACCCAGCAAUAUAUCUUUGACCAGAUUCUAUACAUCUUUGGUAAAGACAUUAAAGAUAAUAUCCGCAUCAUGGUGACAUUUGCUGACAAUGAUUUGCCGCCAGUCCUCGACGCUGUCAAAGAGGCUAAAAUUCCGUCACCCAUCGACCCAAUUACCAAACUGCCACUUCACCAUAAAUUUAACAAUUCCAUUUUCUUCGUGACUAAUAAAAACAGCCGUCAAGUAAAUGAAUUCAACCGGACUUACUUUGAGUUGGCCGUUAAAGGUUUCGACAAAUUCUUUGCCGAUUUGAGGAACAUGGAAGCCAAAUCCUUGACGCUAACCCGCGAAGUGCUCGAAGAACGAAAACGACUAGAAGUUCUUGUCGAAGGCCUUCAACUUCGUACCCAAAUCAAAUUGGCACGGAUCGACGAGUUUGAACAAAUUAAGAAACUGCUGGCAGAGAAUCAACAACAAAUGGAUGAAAACAAGAAUUUUGAUUUUGAAGUCGAGUUUCUUGUUCCAAAGUCGACGGACAUCAGCGGGACGGGCCAGUUCACCACCAACUGUCAAAAAUGUACCACAACGUGCCAUUUUCCUUGUUCGCAAGCCAGUGACGCCGAUAAACAUCGUUGUUCCGUCAUGGAUCCAAAUGGAAUCUGCAGAAUCUGCAAGUGCCCGUGGAACGUUCAUUUCAAUCAAAAGUACAGGUACGAAAUGGUGAAGGAGAAAGUGCAGCGUUCAUCAGAAGCCAUCCGGAAGCAAUACCAAGGGGCCAAGGCCAAAGCCCUGACUAACGAAGAACUCUUCGCCAAAAUUCAGGCAGAGAUUGACCAAUAUGAAAAGCAGCUGAUGGAGCUGGUGCAGGAGACUUCUCCUUGCAUACAAAGAUUGAACGAGAUCGCCCUUAAGCCUCACAUGCUCUCCAUACCGUCUUACAUUAAGCUAAUGAUUGAAACUGAGAAACAAGAGCAUCGCCCUGGAUACCAACAGAGAAUCACGACGCUGCAAAGACUUCACCAAGUAGCAGAGAUGAUGACUAAACUGGUGAACGACCAUCAGAGUUCUAAAACGCAGCCUUCUACAUCACAGUCUAUGCAAACUGUCCGUCGCCCCUCGUCGGUUUUAUUCAAAAGUUUUAAGCGUUAAUAAUGUGACUAAAUGUUACGAACAACCAGUGCAGUGGUACUAGAUUUUGGUACUCUGAUUCAACGCUUGUUUAAAUUCUACAACUACAAAAUGAUAUUUCAUUGCCUAUAGAUAUGUCUACAUAACUUUGUAUGUUUCACAUCCUUCUAUACACAGAAUUGGAAAAUCAA